AUGCGGCCGCUCGUGCUUCUGCUGGUGGCCUCGUCCACCUACCCGCUGGUCGGCCCCCCUACAUGCCAGUUGGGGUCGGACCUGCGCCAGGUGCUGGUCCUACGCAUCUGCGGCCUGCUCAGGCAGGAGUUGCGCCAAACGUACGCCACGUAUGCCAGCGAACUGGAGGGCAAGCCCGAGUUCGACAUGUGGCUCCUCUACGACUACGGCGAGGAGGUGGAUCCGAUUUUUUUGUCUGAGUUCCGCGAGCUGCAGCAGGAGCACCCAGGGCUGGGGCUGUUCCUCUACAACACCGCCGCCGUCAAGGCGAUGCUGCCAACUGCCGAGUACAUCCUGAACGACCCCACACCCAAUUUCUGGUUUCAUGAUGCCUCGCUGUUCAUGUGGUCCCUGCACUGCCGCCCGGAUGCCUGGAACUGGCGACGGGACGAGUUCCACAUCUGGACGGUGGAGCAAGACUCGAUCUACUUCGGCGACGUCUCUAAGUUCAUGGAAGCGCACCGGGAUAGCACUGCAGACUACAUCGCCCACAUGGAUCCGGUGCCGGUGCCAUGGUACCACGAGAACCAGACCUCGUGGUACCCGCCGAAGAGCAAGACCCUGUUCAAGAAGCAACACAUCGAGCGACACUCGUCCACCCUGCUCCGCUACGAGUACAGCCUGGCGCUACUGAACGUGAUCUCCUACGGCGAGAUCUACUCUUCGACCGUGUGCAACCUGCAGCCCGAUUGGUGUGUGCGGCAGCAGCUCGAUCGGCGGUUCAUCGGUCCGUUCUACGCGUGGCACCACAUGCUGACCGACGAGACCGUGGAUACCAUGUGGAAGGACCCGGCCCAGCACGACAGGUGGAACCACGCCGUCGUCUCGCGCAAGAGCCGGGGCUGUCGCAACUCGGUGGCUGAUGUAGCCCGGCACCUCAUCGAGGCCGAGGCGUGGAAGCGAAACGCGGAGGAACCACACGCAGCCAAAGCCGAAGCCGAAGCUGCCAAGCUCAAGGCCGAUGCCGACGAGGCAGCCGUCACCAAGGUGAAGGUCGAAGCCGAAGCCGAAGCCGAAGCCGAAGCUGCCAAGCUCAAGCCCGAAGAGGAAGCGGAACCGGAAGCCGAUGCUAUGCAGUCGCCAAGGCCACGGCGGUCAAGCCGACGACGCCCGUAG